CGCCUCAUCACAAUCCACAAUCUUGAUAUGUGGCCGAGCUUGAAGAUGUGAACUUUGGGGGUUUUGAAGAAUCCGGAGACAAAUUUUGAAUCGGCGGAAUCGAAUUAUAUCCCGAACGCAAAAUGAUAACUCUUGCGCCAAUACUUUUGGAAUAGAGCGUUAUGUGAUCUUCCCGUUCAUUGAUUGAUUCUAUGGUUUUCGUCAACGAUGGACUUUUCUUUCAUGUUUGUGAAAUCGCACUGUUUAAAAGUUUAGGACGGAGCACGGGUAUCCUUGAUUUUGGGGGAUUCUUGCGAAUCCAAGUCUUUCGGAUUCUAGAUUUCGGAAUCCAUCGUUGGAAUCCAUGUGUAUAUAUGCCUUUUUUUUUUUUAUAUUGAGGAUGCCAAUGUUACAAUUUAUGAAUUGUAGUUUCCGAGUGCAUAAUAAUAUCUAGUAAAGGAAAUAACUGUUAUCCAUCCUUUGAAAAUUUUAUUUGACAAAACAUGAUAAAUUCAUGUUGCUCCCAUUUUCUUUUUUCCACUAUGUCACCUCCAUCUCUCUUGUUUUGACAUUUCAAAAAUAUUUCAACGUUUAUUUUUUGGAAAAACAAAAUGAGAGGGAAAAUUCAUCAUCUCCGACACUCCAUAGCUUCUUCUCUCAACUCCAUAACCAGACACAACGAGGAAGCAACCUACACGCGCCUUGUCCUCGACUGCGUGAGAGCCAACGAUGCCCAUGAAGCCAAACGCCUCCAAUCCCACAUCGAAUCUACCUCCUUCGAACCCUCUGGUACCUUCCUCUUCAAUCGUCUUCUCCACAUCUAUGCCAAAUCCGGACUAGUUUCUUAUGCCCGUGACCUGUUCGACAAAAUGCCUGUACGAGAUGUUAUCUCUUGGAAUGCUUUGCUUGCUGCUUACGCUAGAGCGGGUUCCGUGGAUAAAUUGAAGGAGGUGUUCGAUGCAAUGCCUGUUCGGGAUUCAGUUUCGUAUAAUACGGUGGUUUCGGGGUUUUCGGGAAACGGGUUUUACAUAGAGGCGUUGGAGGUUUUUUUGAGGAUGCAGAGGGAUGGAUUUGAGCCUACGGUUUAUAGUUAUGUGAAUGGCUUGACCGCUUGUUCGAAGUUGUCGGAUUUGAGGCACGGGAGGGAGAUUCAUGCUCACAUUCUUGUGAGAAAUCUUGUUGGUGGUAAUGCUUUUGUUUUGAAUGCUCUCACUGAUAUGUACGCAAAAUGUGGGGAAGUUGAUACCGCCAGAUGGUUGUUUGAUCGGAUGGUUAAGAGGACAUUGGUAUCCUGGAAUUUGAUGAUUUCGGGGUACUUAUCAAAUGGGCAGCCUGAAAAAUGCAUUGAUUUGUUCAACAAAAUGCGGGAUUCGGGAUUGGAGCCUGAUGAAUUUACACUCUCAGAUGUUCUUGGCGCUUAUAUCGAUAUAAGGGAUUUAGGCAAAGCUAGGAAUAUUUUCCGCAUGUUUAAGGCAAAAGACAAGGUUUGUUGGACAACGAUGAUCAAAGGUUACAACCAAAACGGUAUGGAAGAAGAAGCCUUAGCCAUGUUUCGGGAAAUGUUACUGGAAGGUGUUAAGCCAGAUAGUUUUACUAUUUCUAGUGUAGUUGCCUCCUGCGCAAACAUGGCUUCACUACAUCAAGGGCAGGUUCUGCAUGCGAAAUCUGCUGCAACUGGUGUUGACACAAAUUUGUUGGUUUCAAGCUCCCUUGUUAAUAUGUAUAGCAAAUGUGGAGUGACAAAGGAUGCUUGGAACGUUUUCCUUUCUUUGUCAGUCAAGAAUAUCGUAUCUUGGAACUCCAUGAUUGGAGGAUAUGCCCAAAAUGGCGAAGAUCUGAAGGCUCUGUCUUUAUUUGAAGAAAUGCUUCGGGAAAACCUGAAACCAGAUAAUGUUACGUUCGUAAGUUUGCUAUCUGCAUGUAAUCACGCCGGCCUGGUUGAGAAGGGUGAGAGCUACUUCAAUUCAAUGAGCGGAACAUAUGGGCUGAAGCCAAAUUUGGAUCACUAUGCUUGUAUGAUUGGUAUAUUUGGUCAUUCAGGUAACGUAAAGAAGGCAAUUGAUCUCAUCAAUGAUAUGCCUUAUUCGCCAAACUCGUUGAUUUGGUCGACCCUUUUAUCCGUUUGUGCAAAGAAAGGUGAUAUCGAACAUGGGGAAACAGCUGCUAAGAACCUUUUCGAGUUAGAACCAUCAAAUGCUGGACCUUACAUUGUGCUAUCUAAUAUGUAUGCAAAGGCUGGGAGAUGGGAAGAUGUUGCAUCGGUAAGAUCUCUCAUGAAAGCCAAGAAUGUCAAGAAAUCCGCUGCUUAUAGUUGGGUGGAGAUUGAUGAAAAGCUCAUCAAAUUUGUCUCGGGCGAUCGGACACAUCCCGGAACAGAAUCAAUCUACAAAGAACUGGAAAAGCUGAUAGAAAGGCUCCAAGAAGAAGCAAAUUUCACACCCAACACAAACUUUGUUUUGCACAAUGUGGUGGAGGAGGAAAAGGUCGAAUCUAUCUGUUACCACAGCGAGAAACUCGCCCUUGCGUUUUGGUUGAUGAAGAAACCUAAUAGUAUGAUACCAAUAAGGAUCACAAAGAACAUCAGGGUUUGUCCCGACUGUCACGCCUUCAUGAAGUGUGCAUCAAAGGUUGUCGGAAGGCAAAUAACUUUAAGAGAUUCACACAGAUUUCACCAUUUCGUCGGAGGUGUUUGUUCAUGCAAAGACUACUGGUAGGUUUCAAUCAUUUGUAGCAUCAGCAGCAGCUGAGUCCUUCUCGAGAGAAUUGGGAUAUCGAAACCUUUCAAAGGGCACACUCUCUGCUGAGAAACCGGAAUCAGUGUGAAAGGGUUUCGAUAAAAAAGACUGUUGCUUCUGUGACAGGUUCAAUGUGAUGCAGAAUCAUUUCACUUCGAUGGAGAGGGAACCUCGGAACGUUAAUAAGAUACUCGGCUGCUGGAUUAACACGGGGUUUGUCGCUGCAUCUACUCAUACCGAAGAGAUUUGAGACUUGUCUUCUGGAGAAGUAUUGCUUUUGGGGGGGUGAAUAGCAGAAGGGAAAAGCAAUGAGAAGGCAACAAGAAACGAAAUCCAAAUUUUGUGGGGGAAAAAUGAGAAGGGAGAGUUUUGAAUAUGGAUAACUUUGGAAUCAUAAGCUAUUUGUCAAUGUUUCCUUUUAAUUUUGGAUUAUAACUUCUAUUCCAUUUUUUUUAAAAUUAAAAUUAGAAAUCCGAUAGUUUGUAAGCUU